AGCGAGAGGCGGCACAAACAGGCCCCACGAAGACACGACCAACAGGAACGUUUUCCCCGAGAAGCCAAAAGCAAAGGCGAUGAGAGGCAAAACGCGGCCGACACAAGGCGAAACGAGCAAGGCCAGCACGGCAGGACAACGGAGGCCGCAGGGGCGCGCCCCAACCCCAGCAGCCAGCGGAAAAACUGCCGCGGCGAACAACGCUGUCUUCCGAAUAGAGGCCGCAGCCCCAGGCUCACCGAAGGGCCGCAGCUCAUCCCCAGCUCCGAUCCGGCAACCAGGAAACGGCGGCGGCGGCGGCAGCCCAGCGUAGGAGGAAUCUUCGAAUACGCAGAAGGCCCAAAUGCUCAGAUCAUGAAUGCGGAAGAACAAGCAUUCCGAUUCUCUGCCAACAUUAUCAAUAGGAAUAGAACAUUGCUCCCCAACACAACCUUAACCUAUGAUAUCCAGAGGAUAAACUUCCAUGAUAGUUUUGAAGCCACAAAGAAAGCCUGUGACCAGCUUGCACUUGGUGUUGUAGCAAUAUUUGGGCCCUCCCAAGGCUCCUGCACCAAUGCUGUCCAGUCCAUUUGCAAUGCACUGGAAGUCCCCCACAUACAGCUGCGGUGGAAGCAUCACCCUUUGGAUAAUAAAGACACCUUCUAUGUCAACCUUUACCCGGACUAUGCCUCUCUCAGCCACGCCAUCCUGGAUCUUGUUCAGUAUCUGAAGUGGAGGUCAGCGACUGUGGUGUAUGAUGACAGCACAGGCCUUAUCCGGCUGCAAGAACUGAUCAUGGCCCCAUCCAGAUACAACAUCCGCUUGAAAAUCCGUCAGCUGCCCCUCGACACGGAUGACACGCGGCCCUUGCUCAAGGAGAUGAAGCGUGGGCGGGAGUUCCGGAUCAUCUUCGACUGCAGCCACACAAUGGCCGUGCACAUCCUCAAGCAGGCCAUGGCAAUGGGGAUGAUGACGGAAUACUACCACUUUAUCUUCACCACACUGGAUCUUUAUGCACUAGAUCUAGAGCAAUAUCGCUACUCUGGAGUGAAUCUGACUGGCUUCCGCAUCUUGAAUGUGGAGAACCCUCAUGUCUCUGCCAUCAUCGAUAAAUGGUCUAUGGAGAGGUUGCAGGCAGCCCCCAAACCUGAACCAGGGUUGAUCACAGGAGUGAUGAUGACAGAUGCUGCCCUGUUGUAUGAUGCUGUCCAUAUAGUCUCUGUGUGCUACCAGCGGGCUCCACAGAUGACAGUCAACUCCCUCCAAUGCCAUCGACAUAAAGCCUGGCGGUUUGGUGGACGUUUCAUGAAUUUCAUCAAAGAGGCCCAGUGGGAGGGCUUAACUGGACGCAUCGUCUUCAACAAAACCAGUGGCUUGAGGACUGAUUUCGACUUGGACAUCAUCAGCCUCAAGGAAGAUGGGCUUGAAAAGGUUGGCGUGUGGAGCCCAUCUGAUGGACUGAACAUCACUGAAAUCUCCCGAAGGCAAGGACCCAAUGUGACCGAUUCCCUGACCAAUAGAUCCUUGGUUGUCACCACAGUCCUGGAGGAACCUUUUGUCAUGUUCAUCAAGUCGGAUACAGUGCUCUCUGGGAACGAGCGCUUUGAAGGGUACUGCAUUGACCUCCUCAAAGAGGUCUCCCGAAUCCUUGGCUUCAAUUAUGAGAUUCGGCUGGUGGAGGAUGGGAAGUAUGGAGCCCAGGAUGAGAAGGGGCAGUGGAAUGGCAUGAUGAGGGAGCUGAUUGAUCACAAGGCGGACUUGGCCGUUGCUCCCCUCACUAUCACCCACGUCCGGGAGAAAGCAAUCGACUUUUCCAAGCCCUUCAUGACUCUGGGGAUCAGCAUCCUGUACCGGAAGGCCAACGGGACCAGCCCCAGCGUCUUCUCAUUCCUCAACCCUCUGUCUCCUGACAUCUGGAUGUACAUCCUUCUUGCUUACCUGGGAGUGAGCUGUGUGCUGUUUGUGAUAGCCAGGUUCAGCCCUUACGAAUGGUAUGAUGCCCACCCUUGCAACCCGGGGUCGGAUAUCGUCGAGAAUAACUUCACUCUCCUCAACAGCUUCUGGUUUGGCAUGGGAGCACUUAUGCAGCAAGGGUCUGAGCUGAUGCCCAAAGCACUAUCCACUCGCAUCAUUGGGGGGAUCUGGUGGUUUUUCACUCUUAUCAUCAUAUCUUCCUACACGGCAAACCUGGCUGCCUUCUUGACUGUGGAGAGGAUGGAGUCCCCCAUUGACUCAGCAGAUGAUCUUGCCAAGCAAACCAAAAUCGAAUAUGGGGCUGUGAAGGAUGGUGCCACCAUGACCUUCUUCAAGAAAUCAAGGAUCUCCACUUUUGAAAAGAUGUGGGCCUUCAUGAGCAGCAAGGCCUCUGCUCUCGUUAAGAACAAUGAAGAAGGAAUCCAGCGUGCCCUCACGUCUGACUACGCCUUGCUGAUGGAGUCCACCACCAUCGAGUACAUCACCCAAAGAAACUGCAACCUGACCCAGAUUGGGGGACUGAUUGACUCCAAGGGCUACGGGAUUGGCACUCCUAUGGGUUCACCAUACAGAGACAAGAUCACCAUUGCCAUCCUCCAGCUUCAGGAAGAGGCCAAGCUGCAUGCCUUGAAGGAUAAGUGGUGGCGAAGCAAUGGCUGCCCCGAGGAGGAGAACAAAGAAGCCAGCGCUCUCGGGAUCCAGAACAUUGGUGGGCUCUUCAUCGUCCUGGCUGCCGGUCUGGUUCUUUCCGUGUUUGUGGCUACCGUGGAGUUCAUCUACAAGCUGCACAAGACAGCAGAACGUGAGCAGCGUUCCUUCUGCAGUGCCAUGGCAGACGAGAUCAAACUGUCGCUCACCUGCCACCGGCAGGUGAAACACAAGCCCCAGCUCCCCGGGGUCAUGGUGAAGACAGAUGCUGUCAUCAACAUGCAUACGUUCAACGACAGGCGGCUUCCUGGCAAGGACAACAUGGCCUGCAACACUGGGCUGACUCCCGUCUUCCCAUAAUGGAGCGAGAGACAGGCGCUGGGGAGGGGGGAAGCAGAGUGAGAGGAGUCGUCAACCCCAGCUUUUGAGGACAAAGCAUUCAAUGUAACUUCAGCCAACUUGGAUACAAGAAGUCGCAGCAUGGAUCAUGACAGCACCUUCAGUUUGGGGUCAUUGUUUAACUUUUUUUUUAAAAAAGUGAAGGUUUAAGCAGCGCUGCAGGCCCCUUAGCCUCUCACCAAGACACAUCCAGGAGUCUUGCUGUUUACAUAUCAAACUGAUGGAAGAAUCCAAGCAGGGCAUGGACUGAUCUGGUGCAGACAAGAGUCCCAAAGCCUGCAAAUUCAACGCUUCCAUUAAGAAUGGCAAUAAACAAAAUGACCUUUGGUUAGGACAAGUGUGGGACCCCCGUGUGGGGGCAGAACCCGAACUGGCUUCCACAGGACAUUUCAGAGACAAUAUGGAUGGGAGGAGGGGAGAGGACUUGUGCAAGACGCUCCUUUCCCUUGAAGGGGCAGAACUCUGACCUCAACCCUGUUCUGAACCGUCAUGCACCAGGGAGCCCCUGCUGGGCCACCAGCGGACCCUUCUGGGGAGAGGAGACACCAGGGAGAGCCUCUUUUCUUCAGGUGUGGAGGGGAAUGGUUAAGAGGAGGGGAGAGGUGCCCAUAAUGAAGCAAGCAAGCAUUGCCUCUGCUUGCAGGUGUAGGCACUUAGGAGGAGGAAUCACACCCUUCAGACAGUUGUUCCAUUAACUCCUUGGUGCCAUCUGCUCCAAGUCAGUUAUAUCUGACCAAGCAAAGCCACAGACCUUGGAGAAGAGUGGUUGCCAUUAGAAAGGCUGGCAUACGCUGCAAAUGCGGAAUGAUGGCCCUGAUGACUUCACUGAUAUCUCAGGGGAGGGGGUUGAGCAAAAUGGAUAAAAUCCAACAUUUAAUUGGGGAGGGAGGGUGUUGGGUGGAGGAUUUGGCAAAAUUGCAGAUGAGCAGUGACAGUUGGGUGUAAAUCUGGAUUUGGGGUGAGCUGGAGUAUUGUGCAAUUCUAUGUAUGUUACUCAGAAGUAAGUCCCACUGUAUCCAGUGGGGCUUACUCCCAAGUAAGUGUGCCUAGUAUUGUAGCCCCAGCCACCUACCAUUAGAAGUCAUUAAACUGUGAUUUUAACAGAAUAGUCCUCUCCUGGGCACCAUGAAUUGUCUUUUUUCUUCCAGACACAAUUUUUCCUUCACAGUGACCAAAGAAUGCCCUUCAUCUGCCAUUUAAAAGAACACAGUGAACAGGAUGCUCUUGUCCUCACUCCCAUCUGUAGCAUCACCAAAUGAAGACUGUUUCCCAAAAAGCUAGCAGGACACCGACAGCAUGUACAUCUGGAUGCAAAGCUGCAUCUUUCCACAUUCAGCCAGCUUUCAGAGUGAGACAAUCCUUGUUUUGACUUGUGAAGUUAAAGCAUAUUGUGAGACAAGUUUCCAAACAGCAUUUCAGUCAGUUACAUGCCAAGUCAAAUCAAUCUCAGUCAAGCUGGUGAAAGUUCUAACAGGCAAGCUAGAGAGAGGCCCAGAAUCAGCCUUGAUGUAACCAGGUGAUUCUACAUCCUGGCAUGAGCUGAUGAAAUGGACAAGGACCCCUAGCCCACCCUCUAAAAUGCCUUUUUGAGAAACUCUUUCUGUCAGGGUCCAAACACCACCCAUUGCAUUUUUUCCAUGCAAAGUGCAGUAUCCUAAACGUGUGGCAGGUUGUACCAGGGCACCAGCAUCCACCAAAAGCCACAGAGACCCGGAGGCUUGGCUGGCCAAGGGGCACUAGAGGGGUGCCGAUCCUGGCACAGCUGUCUUUGUUCAAGGGAGAGCUCAAGAAAUCCAGGCCUAAAGUACACAUUCCACGGAGUACUGUCUUGCAUCCCUCUUUCUUCAUGUGGAAAGCCGUGUGCGAGGCGUGGAAGCAUCAGGCAGAUAAGAGUGGGAGGAAGGUGCUGCCAGAAAAGAGGAAAUGCACCACCAAAAAUAGAAGUACGCAGAUACAAUUCACAUCUGCUAAUUAAUAUGUAUAGACACAAAUUUGGAAAUAAAUGUGAUAAGUAGAAAUACAGUAGAUCUCCCCAUAGCGCAGAAGACUGACCAGGUGACUUGCUCAGUUUGUGUCCAGGUGCUCACAGUGGGUGGGUGAUUUCCAGCCAGGCUGCUACUAUGACACAGUCUCAUGGCUCUUUAUGUUUCAUCUGGACUUGGACUGCACAGCCCUCCAGAUAAGGGAGGGUACAUGGCUACCAUAAAAUGCUUAACACUGCCCUGCUGGCCAUUUCCCCCUCAGGGUGGGGUGGGGGGACAUGAGACCUGCAGGGGACUAGCAGGUUUGCGUGUGUUUUUGAAGGAGGGGUUUUGAGAAGAACAAUGACCCAAAGGGAAAGGGCUCAGCACCCCCUUAGACCAUUGUUGCAGUCCUCAAGUAGCUGCUGCUCGUUGCUUUCAAAUGGCGCAGAGUUCCAUCUAAGGUGUCCUUUGGCCGCCAGGUUGCCUGCUGUGCCACAGGCACCUUGCCAGCCGAGGAAAUGGUCCCGAAAGAUCUGGCGGCGGCGGCUGCUUCUCAAGAUAGUGGCACAUAAUGAAGGCAUCAUGUGCCCUUUCAGUCCUGCCAUUGUAAUAAAGUCAUUCAGAGCUGCCUGUGAAGGUCCCAGAGCGGCCCGGAUGAGUGCCACAAGGGGCUGACAAAACAGAGGACCAACCUUGUGUGUCCCUGACAGACAACCCACAGAAGAGCACCGUGUUUGGCGGGACCUUUCACACGCUGCAGUGCCCAGAGCGCCCUCCUGGCUCUGUGUGAAGGGUUUGCUCCAGCAAAGCCGGCCUCCUCCACCCAAUCCCCCACUUUGUGGCCUUUCUUGCUCAGCCAGCUACUUUCUGCCCUUCAGCUGCCCCUCCAAAUGUGUCAGAAAUUUUCCUUUUUCAGAAAUAAUUAACCCAAAAUGUUCAAGAGGAGUUCUCAAGCUACUUAGUGAGAGGAGCGUUCGGCUAGAAGACAUUGGUCCAAAUGAUGGCUUGCCUUACCAGGUUGGGCCAUCAGAGAGGAGCUCACAGCUGCUUUGCUCCUAAGACCUUUUGACUCCUGUGCCCUUCUGAGCAAAGGCCAAGUGUGGCUGAAUAUGGUUUCUGGUCUCCCCUCACUAACCACGAGCUGUAGCCUUCGUUUGCUCACACAGCUUGGCUUGUGCAACUGAGCCCACUGAAACAUCUGCAAAUGUGAUACUGGCCUUUAGCUAAUUUCCCAACUACUACUCCCCGGCGCCUGGAAAAAGAGAUUGGAAUCUGCCCUACUAGGAACUAGCAGGGCCAUUUCACUGAAAAGAAGAAUUUGUUUAAUCAUUCUCAGUUCAAUCAACUCAGACUGGUUGCAAAAUCUUUUUAUUCAUAAUAAUCACCUGGCACUGAAAGUUGCACAGAAUGGGUGCUGGUUUUGUUUAGCCAUUUUCAGUUUUUAUUACCAAUUUAUUUCAGCAAAUUAAAUCAGGAAAUGCACCUUUCUCAGAAUCCUUCAAAAAUUGGUUUGUUAUUGCAUCCAGGUGAAUUUGUUUAAAACCUACGUUAUCCAGUCUCAGAAUUUCAUGUAAAACCGGGCAUGUGGGUGUUGCUUUUAAUGUUGUUAUAAGCCUUUAUUCCUAUUCUCUUUCAUAUAUUUGUCUUCUACACCAGGCCUGUUUAUGUAAGUCUUUGAGAGCUUUUAAGCUGCCCAGACUGAAUCUGAGUUUAAACUGGGUCAUGAGAGUAGUGUAACAGCGUUAACAACUCACCGUUUUUGCUCUGGAUGAUGCUGACCAGCCACUGAUGGAGACAAGAUACUGGGCUCAGUAGUGGGAGUGUAUUGAUUAGCUAACCAAUAAUGCCUAAGAUUCUAGGGAAAUAUUUGUAGGCAUAUUUUGCUUUUGUUCAAAAUGUAAGCAGACCUAAUAUGCAAGGAGGGGCGGGGAGUUGGUCAAGGUUGCCACUGCUCCAUCAAAGACAUUGGAACUGCAGCUCUUCCCCACCGCUGGAACUUUGGCCAGGGCAGCGUUACUGUGUGAGUCCAGUUCCAAUCACACACUCAUUCUCACAACCAUACAGACUUGCAUCGCUAGAUCACAACUACAGAACUUAUUUGGCUCUAGAAAGGAGACACCAUCAACAGCUGCACCAGGAUGACAAUUGUGGGCCAUCAAUGGCAGAUUGCCCUUUUGCUGUCUAUUCUAAACAUCACUCUCAACAACAACUGACAGAACAGGUCUCUAUGACAUUCAGGGGAAUACUCCUUUGUGGACAUGCAGAAAUUUCUAUGAAUAUAGUUUUUUGUAAACAUUUUGUAACAAUUUUGGUUUCAUAGUAACUGUGUUACUUGCAGAUCAUUCUAGGCAGAUGUAAAUAAAAUUUCCAAAAAAUAAAAAAAUGAGUUUAACAUUUUAAAAGAAGACAAAAUCUGAUUAUUUUCCUUUUUAAGACACUGUGAUAUAUCAAAGUGCACAGUUUGCUGUA